AUGACGAAAUACUGGCUUCUUCUAUUGCUCCCCUUGACUGUCUUGGGAAGUAGAUCACCGGCCGCUGUGUUUGAAGACGUGUUUGAGCUAGGUCGCCCCAAUGUUGCCUUCCUGGCGACGAGCGAAAGUCGAAAUGGAAUGAAAGCAUACUUGAGAAAAAAAUAUCGCCAAAUGCGGGAUCCACUUCCGCAAGCUUCAAUGAUGGCUGCUUAUACUGCUGCUCAUGAGCGGUACCAAAAUUUGGAAGAGAAACAAUACGAUCGAAUUCGUGUCGAGAAUUUGCGCAAGCUGACCUCGGUUCGCACGAAACGUUUGGAUGGAAAACAAGCAUCAACGAAAACCCCGAAAAAAAUCGAUAUAGUUCCUCGAGAAAUGAUUAGGUUUGAACUAUCCGAUGCCAUGAUUUUCUCUCCAGACCUAGAGUCACAAUCUCCGCAUCAGUCGAAACCUCGCACAAAGCGUGAAGAACAACCGCUAGUUCGUAUUGAGCCGGUUCCUCGAGAGCUACUUCGAUUCGAGCUAGCUGAUGCAAUUUUAUCUGGAGAGAAAAGUGAAAUGGUAAACGGUAGUUCGAAAGUAGCUCGGAGGCAUCGACGGUCAGCUAGUCCCGAUCCGCGUGAUUACGUAAAGUUUGAACUGGAAGAUGCCAAGCGGUCCGAAACUAGCAGUUACACUGCAAAGAGCGCAAAGACAACAGAAAAUUUGCGACAUCCCUUUACGUCUUCAGAUAGUUAUAGGCGUGGAAAAGUGUUCGAUGAAGUAGUAGAUCGUCCAGUAUCGAACGGAAGGACCGGCGAGGCAAGCAAGAAAGAAAAACGGGAAAACGCAAAACAGGUGGAAGACGACGAAGGUAGUGAUAUGAGCCCGGAGGAGUCUCGGCGCAUUAAAAUCAGAGGUAAAAAGCAGAAGCAGAUAGCUAAUUACGAGGAUCUCCCUCUUGGCGUGCAGAAAGCGAUAGAUAUAGCGCUUAAAGAAAAUGAACGCAUGAAUGGAAAAGGAAGAGAUGGGUCACUUGAUGGAUCUGUAGUGCAAUCAACUCCCAAAUACUUUUUUGGUGAUAAGAAACCGAAGACCAAAAAACCGUAUAGUAGCACAACCAAAAUUUCCGAACCAAAAUUUGUACCCAGUGUAAAACUGUCGGAAACACAAAUACCAGUGGUGGAAAAUGAAUCUAACGGACAAACUGGAUUUAUUCCAAGUAGGACAAUAGGUAUGGAUGCCGUGGCGUCCCCGGAACCGGCUGAUUCAAGUAAAUCAGUGAGCUCAUCAGUACAGGGCAUUCCGAAGGCAUGGUGGUCAUAUUCGGACCUACGACGACCGAAACGAUUGUAUCACAAGGUUUCGGUACAACCGUUGGUAAUUAGCCCGCAAUAUGUGAACACUUUUAAGCCGGUCAGUGAGCAGAGUAAAAUGAAUGAGCUGUCGCCUGGUUACCAUCCACGGUCAGUUUUCUUUUCACCUGCAGUGUCUUCUAAUUCAGUAGCAGGUUCACAAUCCGCUGAACAUGAUGGUUAUACAACAUCGCAUGCAGAGAGUCCGGAAGAAGUUGUCAUUAAAGAGCGACCUAAGAUUCAAUACGUGAUAAAAGAGAUACCGGUUCCGGUGCAAAUGAAACAACCACGUACCAAGAUCACCGUUCAACCUAGUAUAUCUAUAUCUUAUGAUAAAGACACCACUAGUCCGGGAACUAGCGAAAGUGUCGGCCAGGGAUAUGAUAAUCCAUACGGGCCAAUUGAACUUCAGUAUGGCCAUAGUAAAACGAUAAAAGAACCAGCACAAUCCUUCCAGAGCAUGAAAAUUGUAAUUCCUGAUUCCAAAGAAGAAUCUCGUGAGCAAGAAAAUUACUAUGAUAGUAAAAAAUACAACCAUUUGACCGAUCCAACGCAACCAUCCACAAAGCAAUCGAAUGAAAUAGACACAUCCGGGGGAAGUAUUGCGGCUUUAUCGGCUUUAAUUGGACAACGGCCGAGCGUGCAAUUACAGGGACUAAACCAACUCCUACAUAUGCCCGUUCCGAUCGGAAGCACAGAAAAACAGCAUCGCCCUCAGGAUAGUAAAGCUCCAGUGACAUUUCCAGAAUCUUCAACGCCGACACCCAAGCAGUCUCGAGCGGGUUAUCGAUCAGUCCAAAUCGAUCACGGUCCGAAAUUAAGUACAGAAGUCUAUGAUGAUAGUAUCUAUCACACGGUACAGAUGACUCCCCAGUUGCAGAUACCAUCGCAUAAGGAAUACACUCCGAUUAAAGAAGAUGUAUCCGACGUUUUGAACCCCGAUUUAGUAGGACCUACUAUUGGAACACCCAGGCAUACAACGCAUGAUGUCAGCUCGCGUAACCCAAUUCCAGCUCAAAUUAUAGAACAUCACGAAUUCAACGAAGAGGAGGCUGGUCAUGAAACAAACACAUAUCGUCAUAUUAACAUUCACAGUACGCCUGCUACUCAGCACAGUGAAUCAAUAUUACAUCAUUAUCAAGAGCAGCAUCACCACCAUCACCAUCACAGCAACGAACAUUAUGAUGACUCGGAAGGAUAUGCAUUUGGAUACAGAGUACGAGAUUUCCACACUGGAAAUGAUUUCGGUCACGUACAAAACCAUGACAACGGUGUUACGCGUGGAGAGUAUCAUAUUUUAUUGCCGGACGGUCGAGUACAGAACGUACGUUAUACUGCUGAUGAGAAGGGCUUCCACGCCGAUGUUACGUACGAAAGUGUCCAUUAA